AUGGAUUGUACACAAUCAGGCUCUUCUGGGAUGCGGGUAUUAACUAGAAACGAUUUAUUUACUAUCAUGGAACACUCCAAUGCGUCAACUUUUAACGAAAAGUUGGAAUUUAUGGAGUUGGAACUUCUGCAUCAAUACUCUGAAGGUGACCCAAACAUUGCCGAAGCAAAGCAUAAGUUGUCGAUCAUACGUCAUCAAUUCAAGCAGAAAUGGUCAGCUGCUCGCAAUACCAAAGCCAGAUUCCUGGACAUGAAUAAAGAAUGGCUCAAGGGCACCAUAUCCCUACCAAAAUCGAGUACCUAUUUACGAUUAAAUACAGGUAGACCUCAAAAGUCAUUCUCAGAAUUAUCUGAAAGGAGUAAAAGGCGAAAAACUGAAGAGCUUCGAACAUCUGACUUACAUGAGCUGGCAUACGCAACACAAAUGAAAUUGCGAAAGACUGGUGAAGUCGAAGCAUCAAAAAUCGUAAAGGUCCUUACCAGAAGUCCUCUGAAAGCAAAACAAUAUUCAGCAGCAAUAAAAGAAAAAACAGCUGAACAACAAAAAGAAGUUUCAACGAAAUUGGCACACCUUCGUUCCCUGUUUAUGUUUGUUGAAGCGGGGCUUACUCAGGCUCAGUAUGAAGUGGUUCGAGACACAAAUCCAGACUUUUACCCGUGCUAUUCAAUUCUAAAGAAGUUGAAGAAAGAAUGUUACCCCGAAAUCCACAGCAUAACUGAGACCUGUGCAGAAGUAAGGGUACAAAGCUUAAUGGAUCACACAAUCAAGCGGUUAUUAUUGCAUCUUGGUGAGGAAGUCCUGGAGCAACUGACUGAAUCUGAAAAGCAGUCCUUUGUGCUCAUCAGCAAAUGGGGUUGUGACGGAUCUCAGCAGACUCAGUAUAAAAUGAAAUUUGAAAAUGAGACUGAUUCCGACGCCAACAUUUUUCAAAGCUCUGUCGUUCCACUUCAACUUGUCUAUGGAAAGAAAAAAAAAAUUAUAUGGCAAAACCCAACUCCAUCAUCACCACGAUAUUGCAGACCAAUACGCAUACGAUAUGUGAAAGAAAACACUGACGUGACCAAUGAGGAGAUCGAGUACGUUGAAACUCAAAUAAAAGAACUAAGCAAGACCAAGAUCGACGAGAUAUCCAUCAAACACAAAAUAGUUUUUACCAUGGUGGACGGCAAGGUAUGUAACGCAGCAACACAUACCAAGUCAACCAUGAGAUGUUACAUAUGUGGCGCCACAUCCUCCGAUUUCAACGACCUUACAAAAGAAAGGCCCUGCAAUACGGAAAAUAUGCGAUUUGGUCUGUCUUUGCUGCACGCUCGAAUAAGAUUUUUCGAGAGCAUUUUGCAUGUAGCUUAUAAAUUACCGGUCAUGAAAUGGAGGGCUCGCCUGACUGCCGAAGAGAAGAAACUAGUGGAGACACGAAAAAAAGAAAUCCAAACCAAGUUUCGUGAAGAACUAGGAUUACUAGUAGAUAUUCCAAAGGCUAACUUUGGAAACACAAAUGAUGGGAAUACCAGCAGGCGAUUUUUCGAAGAAUACGAAAAAUCUGCAGAAAUAACUGGGAUAGACCAGAAUUUAAUCUACCGAUUAAAAGUCAUUCUAGACACCAUGUGCUGCGGGAUAAAAAUUGAUACACAAAAAUUCGAAAUUUACUGCAAAGAAACUGCUGAAUUGUACGUUUCUUUGUACAAUUUUCACCCAAUGUCGCUGACAUUACAUAAAGUGUUGCGUCCUGGGUCAGCUGUGAUAAAGGAGGCGAUUCUGCCAAUCGGGCAACUGUCUGAGGAAGCUGCAGAAGCCCGCAAUAAGCACAUUCGAGCCUUUCGGCUAAACUACUCCCGAAAAUUUUCGAGAGUAGCUUGCAACACAGACGUUAUAAAUAGGUUGUUAUUGACAUCUGACCCCUUGCUGACGGGAAUGAGAAACGCUAAACAUAAAAGAAAGAGGAACCCUCUUUCAGCGGAUACCAUGAAUCUUUUGGAGGAAAAUGAUAUUUUCAAUAUUAGUAUUGAAAAUGAUUCUGAAGAUGAUGAAAAUUAGAAAUAAAAUUUGUUAAGAAUAAUGUUUGCCUUUUUUUAACUCUAUUAUACCUAA